CUCACGCCUUCCCUUCUAACGCACCAAACGCCCCCAACCCCACCAAGGGGAAAAAAAAAAUGCUGCAGAGAUCGCAGAAGCAACGUAGCUUCCCGGAUCCGCCGGACCACGGGAGCCCCGCCAUCGCCGGCGGACGCCGCCACUCGCCGCCUUCCCCGCCGCAUUCCAUCCUUCCUCCCUCCUCCGCCGGCGCCACCUCCGGGGACGGCGGCAAUGUCGACAAAGUCCUCUUCAAGAACCUAGUGGAGAUGGUCCCCCUCGUCGAAUCGCUGAUGGACCGGAGGGCGAAAUCGUCCUUUACGCGGCGGGCAUCGAUGGUCUACACAGCUGCCCCGUCCCAGCCGAAGAAGAAUGCUGAACUCAGAGGUGGAAAAACAGCUCAAAGCAUCUCAGCCAAAAAACGGAGGGAUCGUGCAGAAAAUUUCCAAAGAGAUGACACUGUUGAUGACAUAUCAUUUUUCUCAUCGAGGGCGUUGACCGCAGAAAAUGUGCAAAAGGAGAGGGAAGAAUUGACUAUGCUGCGGGAACAGGUCAAUGAGCUACACAAGAAAUUGUUAGAGAAAGAUGAAGAGCUGAAGUCUGCAGAAAAUUCAAUAAAUCAAAUGAAUGCAGCAAAUGCAACACUUGAUGAAUUGAGGCGCCAGGUUGCAGAGAAGGAUUCUAUGAUUAGAUCUACUAAUUCACAAUUAUAUAAUGCCAAGAUCAUGCUUGCAGACAAGCAAGCGGCUUUGGAGAAAUUAAAUUGGGAAGCAAGGAUGUCAAAUAGAAAAGUUGAGGAACUUCAAGGGAAUGCAGUCUCUAUGGACCUUGAAAUAGCUGCACUGGUGCAGUUAUUUGAGAAACUAACAAAGAAUGACUCAGCUGCUUAUCCUGAUGACAGCAUUGCUGCUGCUUUUGAUUUUGAACCACUUCCACCUACAGAAAAUAUUGAUGAAAUUCAAAUAGAGAAGAUGGAAGAGGCAAGAGCAGCCUACGUUGCAGCAGUUGCUGCUGCAAAAGAGAGCCCCACUGAUGACUCAUUAGCUGCAGCAGCUGAGGCAAGGUUAAGGCUUCGAGCUUUUGUAUGCUAGCCUGACAGUUUGGAAUAUUCAAAGUCAAUCUCAAUGCAUAUGCUUGGUGUUGAUUGUAUACUGAGUGCAACAGAGAUGAUUGUAUACUGAGUGCAACCAAUCAUGGUGCAUGUUUUGUAUCUAGAGGAGAAUGCUUUUCUCACAGUUUCAGAUAAAUAUUUCCAAGAAAUGGUUUAUAUGGCAUAGCUGUUCCAUUAGUUUGCUUGUCA